AUGCCUGCACUUCCUCAAAAUCGUUCCAUGUCUCCACCACCUUUUCUGGCUGAAGUGCAAGCUGAUCAACAUCCAUUUUGGCUGCAUUGUCUUGCAUAUAAAUGUAGUGCGUUGGGAGAUACUUCCGAAAAGAUCCGUAUAAGGUGGUGUUACGAAGUUGAUUUCAACGUAUAUUUGCGGCGGAUCGAUAUCGGACGUGCGCCACUUGCUGGACAUUGUAGCGUGGCGUAUUGCACUUGGUGUAAGUCAGCCAAACUACCUUAUACACGUAGUAGGACAACGACUGAUAAAGGUAUUGAAAAUAAAUAUUUGAGUGAAAAAAAAAUAUGCCCUUUUAAAAAAGGUGUUAUAAGAAAAGCUGCUAAAAUAGGUGAUAUAGAAACAUUAAAAAUAGCUUACGAGAGUGGCUGUGAAUGGGAUGAAUAUACGACUACUGAAGCAGCUUCAAAUGGUCAUUUAGAAUGUUUAAUAUAUGCCCACGAAAAUGGAUGUCCAUGGGCUGUAGGCACAACAUUUGCCGCUGUCAAAACUACAGUAAGAGGUAAUUUUAAAAUUUUAAAAUAUGCACAUGAAAAUGGAUGUCAAUGGGAUGUAGACACAAUAUUAACGGCUGUCACAAGAAAUAAUUUUAAAAUUUUAAAAUAUGCUCACGAAAAUGAAUGUCCAUGGGAUAAUGGCAUAACUACUGCGGCUACAGUAAGAGCAAGAGGUAAUUUUAAAAUAUUAAAAUAUGUACAUGAAAAUGGAUGCCCAUGGGAUGAAAGAACAACAGAAGUAGCAGCAAGUUAUGGUAAUUUAGAAAUUUUAAAAUAUGCUCAUGAAAAAGGAUGCCCAUGGGCUAUUGGCACAAUUAAAGCUGCUGCUUUUAGUGGUCAUUUUGAUUGUUUGAAAUAUGCUAAUGAAAAUAGGUGUCCAUGGGAUUAUGACACAACCAGAGCUUCUGCAGCUAGUGGUUGUUUAGACUGUUUAAAAUAUGCUUAUGAAAAGGAGUGUCCGUGGGAUGAAGGAACAUUAGUUACAGCUGCGGUGCAUGGUAAUUUAGACUGUUUAAAAUAUGCUUAUGAAAAUGGAUAUAAAUGGAUUGAAGGUACAAUGAGAGGAGCUGCUGCGAAUCGAAAUGUAGGAUGCCUAAAAUAUGCUUAUGAAAAUGGUUGUAAAUGGGACGAAGGCACAACAAGGGAAGCUGCUGCGAGUGGUUGCAUUAGUUGUCUGAAAUUUGCUCAUGAAAAUGGAUGUAAUUGGGAUGAAGGAACAAUAGCUACUGCUGCCAUGCGUGGUAAUUUAGAUUGCUUAAUGUAUGCCCACGAAAAUGGUUGUAAAUGGGAUGAAGGCACUACAAGACUUGCUGCUGCAAAUGGUCAGUUUCAUUGUUUAAAAUAUGCCCAUGAACAUAAUUGUCCAUGGAGUAGAAAUACUAAUUAUGAAGCUACUCGAAGGGGUUGUUUUGAUAUAAUCAAUUAUAUCAACAAAAAUGGCUGUCCUGAUUAG